AAUAAUGUAAAAUUUUGGCAAUAUUUCAACAAACGUGACAUAAUCCAUCCAUCUCGAUCACAUCCUCAUAAAAAAAGCAUGCAGCAACGACUUGAAUCUGCAACUUGCUAGUUUUGUUAAUCCAAUAAUUGAGUCCAUCAUCCUCUCACCCUGCCUCUGUUUCCGACCUCCCAAAAAUCAUUCCUCAUUUUACCCCAAAUUUUCCAUCAAAUUCCAAAUCGAUUUCUCCCAAUUCUCUGUCGAUGAUUUCAAAGCUCGGAACCUAGCUCCGCGAGAUGCAAAAUCAACACGUCCAUUCCUUCACCGAGAACUGCUGGUGCGAUGUAAUCGAUUACAGCAGCCUCCUGGACGACGACGGCGCGCCGCCGCCGGCGUUUGUUUCCGAGCGUCCGCCGCCGCCGUCGGAAAUUGUUUGUAUGUCAAUUGAUGCCACACACAGUGAAGUUACAACACUUGAGGAGAGAGGCUCCUCAAGAAAGAGGGGACGUUCUGAUCAAAAUGGUGGGAUAGGAGCAAAAGCAUGUCGUGAGAGAGAGCGCAGAGGAAAAUUGAAUGAAAGAUUCUUAGAACUCUCCGCCAUUUUGGGACGCGAAAGACCUUUUAAAACCGAAAAACUGGCCAUGCUUAGUGAUGCCAUCAGACUCCUAAACCAGCUCAAAACUGAAUCUAUGGACUACAUGGAGAUGAACACAAGGCUCCUCGAAGAGAUCAAAAUUUUAAAGGCUGAGAAGAAUGAGCUUCGCGAAGAGAAAGCAAAGCUAAAGGCAGAUAAAGAAAGGAUACAGCAGCAGUUGGAAACCAUGAAUAUUCCUUCAAUUGGGUUCACGGCAUCACAUCCACCUAUGUACGAGGCUGAGGUCAAGAAGGUUCCGAUGCUUCCCAGCUAUGGAUUUGUUCCGAUGUGGCAGUAUUUGCCGCCAUCUGUCCGAGACACGACUAUUGAUCAUGAACUCAGGCCUCCUGCUGCUUGACAUUUUUGGACAAGAUUUAUCAUGUCACUUAUAAAUGUUUUGUCAUGCAUCAUUGUAAAUAACCACCACACUCUCUUGGAAUGACUUCUUGUCACUUUUCAUAGUGUUUAUACAGUUAUGAUUCCUAUCU